AUGCCAACGUUGGAUCCGAUCAAACGCCGCAAGCAAAAUUGUGAGAACCAAAAACGUUGGCGACAGCGGCAGAUCGACGAGCUUCGAAGACUCACGACCGCACUUGACAAGAGUAACUCCCACGUGAAAGUGCUCGAAGUGGAGUCUGGACAACUACGAGGGGCGCUUCGCAAUGCACUCGCAGAAAUCAGCCGCCUCCGGAAGGCCAAUGGUGCUCUCAAGAGGCAAGUCCAAAAUUCCUUGAGCCAGGUUAGAUCACCUUCCAAGAAGACAGACCGUGAAUGGGGAACCAAUUACCGUUUGCCGGUCAUGUUUCCGGAGAACCAGAGGCCGAUGGUUGAGUUAAUCGAAGUCGACGGCUCAGAUUCAUCAAAGAACGGGCUUGCCUCGAAGAAGAAGCAGCUGUUGAGUGGGGUGAGCGGCUCUGAUGAAAGUGAUGGGGACUGGAAGAGUAUUGUGAUCAUGGACGAGGACGACGAGGAAAACGAGCAGGACGAGUUAUUCGAGCAGGCUCGCCGCUUCGAAACUACUCGUGAGAGAACCAGCUAUUUGGCGGGCCAUAAACAAGCUGAAACUCCGAGCGGAACAGAAAGUUUCGCGUUGGACGAUGACGUUGUCGAAUACCCCCAAAUUUUAAUCGACGACACCACUGUCCCCGAUUUGCACCACAGAAACGGGCAGGGAGAGGGAGCUCUUCAAGAGGUCGAUGGAGUUCAUCCUGGUGCCGAUCCUAUAUAUUUCAACUGGCCCACUGAUUCAAUCCUCGGCGGCACAGGGGCCAUCUGGCAGAGGAUGACGAAUUUUCCAGAUACCACACGGAUCUCGAAACACAUCUUGGCAGUUCAAAAUGUACUGUCUGGUGCUUUCGCUCAACUCAUCCAAAGACCGUCUGUGGAUUGCGAGAGGAUUGUGGCAGAAACUUUUGCCUGGUUGAUCCGCUCAGCCUGGCCAUCGUGUGAGAGCUGCUUCAAGAUGAUGACCGUCUAUAGACACAUAUAUUUGUUCGAGCUCUUUCGGAGCUUCCCUUGUCCGGUGACAUACAACAAGCUACACCCAUUCUACCGUCCCACAGCGCUCCAGCUCACCGUGCCUCACUCUCCAGCCAUCGACUGGCUUCCGUGGCCAGCCAUGCGGGACAGAGUGAUUCAGAUGCAAAACCAAACCAAUGUGGACGUGGAUCAACUAUGUCUCGCGUCGCUCGAACACACGGUCAUAGAACCAGAACCGAGCUUCUCCUCCGGAGCCGAUCAAGGGCCCGACGUACAUGUUACUUUUCGUAUCUGGGACAUGUACCUCCUCGAGAGAGCGGGAGGAGGAUCUUUCCCAAGUACAUCCAUGACCAUGACGCAUAACCCUGCAUCUCCAGAUCUGCAGGCCUUGGCCAAGGUGUACAACCUCCCAUUUCAGGACAUCACUCGUCUUCGGAUCGACGCUCCUUUCUACAAUAUGUUUCCUGACACAUACCUUCCGGGAUGUACUUCGGGUUGUCAAAUCGUACCCCUAGACGUGGAAUACAAGGAACAUUUGGAAUAUCCGUCCGAUUUAACGCUUGCUUCGGUUCAUCGCCUGGAGAGACGAGUGCAGGAGUGGCUCAAUGUGUUGGGCCGAGAGAAGAUUGAUUGA